AAGAGACCCUCCUAAAUAGUUCCGCAUGCCUCGCGUAAGUCAAUCCAAGUGACGCUUCUAAGACCGACCCGUGGUCCACCAUAAAGGUCUUAAGGAUUGUUUAGGUGGCGUUGCUUCCAUAGCAACCCAAAGAUAGACGUCUCGGUCUCAGUUCGCACUGACAGUUCGCUCGGACCGUGGGAGCAGUAUGGCGGCGUCCUUGUGGUGCGGACUGGCGAGGUCUGCGGUGUGUUCCAGUUCCCCCCUCCUCCUCACUGGUACCAGAACUCUACAUGUCACGGCGGCCUGCUUGAAGAACCGAGCGGCCCGUAUCCGGGUGGGUAAGGGAGACCGACCUCUGACCUACGAGCAGGCGCACAAACCUCACCACAUCGGCCACAGGAAGGGCUGGCUGUCGCAGCACACCAGUAACCUGCGCUCUGAGGACGGGGCGGCGGACCGCACGGUGGAGGACAUGUUCAUCCGUCGCUUCAUUGCUGGGACAUUCCACAACUGUCUGGCCAACGAGGUGGUGAUCAAGCGCCGCGGAAACAUGCUGCUGGUCUGCGUGCUGAUGCAGCAGAAGCUGCGCGCUCAGAAGGUCUACUUCCUGAUCGGAUACACGGAGACUCUGCUGUCGCACUUCUACAAGUGUCCUGUCAAGCUGGAGGUCCAGACGGUGCAUAGCCCACCGGUGUACAAGUACCUCUGACCAGCAGCGCCGCCUGCUGUCCCUUCGUUUGUUCCGUAAAAUGUUCUUUACAUAAAAAGUGUCUGAAAUAAAACGUGGUGUUUGA